AUGGAGGACACUUACAAUAACAGGACUUCCCUAACUAAGGGGGCCAAGGACAUAGUCAAGGAGGCCAAGCGGCAUGCAAAAAAGAAAGUCGGCAAGGUGGUGGACCACGCCACGGACGAGUACUCGUCCCACCGCAACUAUAGCCGAUUCCAGGAUGAGGAGGACGAAGAUGACGAUUUUUACCGAAACCCUCCGAGGCCGGACGGACAGGGCGACCAUGACAACGAGGAGGGCUCCAGUGAUGCGACAGAGGGCCACGAUGACGAGGAUGAGAUCUAUGAGGGCGAGUACCAGGGGAUCCCCUCGGCGGGAGAUAGGAAGCAGAAGGAGGGCCAAGUGGCAGCGGGACAACCGAUGUCGGACGCAACGAUGGACCGCAAGGGGCUGGAGCAGGAGAGAGAGGCCGACGAGGAGGAGCUGGCCCAACAGUACGAGCUGAUCAUCCAGGAGUGUGGUCAUGGGAGAUUCCAGUGGCAGCUGUUCCUGGUGCUCGGGCUGGCACUCAUGUCCGACGGGGUGGAGGUGUUCGUGGUGGGCUUCGUGCUGCCCAGCGCAGAGACAGACAUGUGUGUGCCCAACUCCAUGUCGGGAUGGCUAGGCAGUGUUGUUUACGUGGGGAUGAUGGUCGGAGCGUUUUUCUGGGGGGGCAUGUCUGACAAAGUGGGCCGAAGACAGUGCCUCCUCAUUUGCCUGUCCACAAAUGGCUUCUUCGCUUUCCUGUCAUCUUUUGUCCAGGGAUACGGCCUCUUCCUCCUUUGCCGUCUCGUCGCAGGCUUUGGGAUAGGAGGUGCUGUGCCCAUUGUUUUCUCCUUCUUUUCAGAGGUGUUGUCCAGGGAGAAAAGAGGAGAACACCUCAGCUGGUUGUGUAUGUUCUGGAUGAUUGGAGAGAUCUAUGCAUCUGCUAUGGCGUGGGCCAUCAUACCACACUAUGGUGAAACCACUUGUAAAACAUCAACAUUUAUCAACGUAUAUCUUUAUACAGGUUGGAGUUUUAGUAUGGGUUCAGCGUACCAGUUCCACAGCUGGAGGGUGUUUGUCGUCGUCUGUGCCCUGCCCUGUGUGUGUGCUGUGGUGGCACUUACCUUCAUGCCCGAAAGUCCCAGGUUCUACCUCGAGGUGGGGAAGCACGAUGAAGCCUGGAUGAUCCUCAAACAGAUCCACGACACCAACAUGAGGGCGCGUGGGCAACCGGAGAAAGUCUUCACCGUAAACAGGAUCAAGAUACCCAAACAACUGGAUGAACUGGUGGAAAUGGAGUCAGAGUCUGGCAAUCCAGUUUCCAGGUUUUUCUUUCGGAUAAAGACUGAAAUACAUGGGAUCUAUCUGAAUCUCAUGAAGUGCUUCAACUACCCUAUGCGAGAAAACAUGAUACGACUCGCCAUAGUGUGGUUCCUGCUGUCAUUCGGGUAUUAUGGCCUGUCAGUCUGGUUCCCUGAUGUCAUCAAACACCUGCAGGCAGACGACUAUGCGUCCAAAGUGAAGCUGCACAACAAUGAGCGCAUUGAAGACUUCACCUUCAACUUCACCCUGGAGAACCAGAUCCACAAAAACAGCCUCUUCAUCAACGACCGAUUCAUCAAUAUGAAGCUGAGGUCCGUCACCUUCAUCGACUCUACCUUUCGUAACUGCCACUUUGAUGAUGUCACAUCGGUGGGCUCCUUCUUCCGUAACUGUACUUUUAUUGAUGUUCUCUUCUUUAACACAGAUAUUGAUGAAUCCAAGCUGAUAGAUGGCACAGAGUUGAUCAACUGCACAUUCACCCACAACAAGAAAGGAUGCCAGAUGACGUUUGAUGAUGACUACAGUGCCUACUGGGUAUACUUCAUCAACUUCCUCGGAACCCUGGCUGUUCUGCCCGGCAACAUUGUUUCCGCCCUUCUUAUGGACAAAAUUGGGCGUCUGUCCAUGUUAGGCGGCUCCAUGAUCCUUUCGGGCAUCAGCUGUUUCUUUUUGUGGUUCGGCACCAGUGAGUCCAUGAUGAUUUUCAUGUUGUGCCUUUACAACGGUCUGAGCAUCUCUGCCUGGAACUCCCUCGAUGUGAUCACGACUGAGUCGUUCCCUACGACCAGGAGAGGAACAGGCUUUGGGUUCUGCAACGCUCUGUGUAAGCUGGCGGCAGUCUUGGGGAACCUGAUUUUUGGCUCUCUAGUUGGCAUCACAAAGGCCAUCCCCAUCCUCAUGGCCUCGUCCGUGCUCGUCGGGGGAGGCCUGGUUGCACUCCGGUUGCCUGACACCAAGUCGAAUGUCCUCAUGUAACGCCAGCUUGGCGUUCAUCAGCCGGGAUAAAACCUGGAUGAAACCCGGGUGAACCUGAGAGGAAGGCCAGGGAGCGUUGAGCAAGGAGUGCAAAUGGCUUGGUUCAGACAUAUCUUAAUCACGUUUCGCUAAUGUACCGUAGCUGGAUAGCAACCCACUUUUCUCCCAGUGGGUUUUAAUCUCUAUCAUACGAAUCCAAAUCAUUAGAAUCCUCGUUAUUCAAUAAUAAGCUCAGCCGUUUUGCGAAUGUACCGUCUGGCGAUCUCACAUGACACCGCUGGGAGUUCACACAUGUUUUCAAUUCAAUUUAAUUCAAUUCAGUUUAUUUGUAUAGCCCAAUUUCACAAAUUACAAAUUUGUCUCGGAGUGCUUUACAAUCUGUUUACACAUAGACAUCCACAUUUGGUCCUGAGACUUUGGUGGAGUUCUGUUCAGUGACUGGUUGCCCCCUCCACCUGUAAGCCAUACGUUUGAGUGGAGUCACUGCAGCGUUAAAGCUCAAGGCUUUUAAUGUUGAUACAGUCUUAUUAAGACAAACCAGAUGGGGAGAAAAGUGAAAAACAAGCUGUAAUGAGCACUGCCAACCUUCUGUGUGGCAACGUAGGGACUAGAUCAGACAGAGAGGACAUACGACACAGCUGUAUGACAGCCAGCUGGCCCACAAGACUCAUGUACACAGGACAUGCUGUAGACGGUAUGCAGAAAGGCAACAUGUACAUCAACACAUAGACAUACUCGUGAGUGGUGCACUCACAUAUACGACACUUUCUUUUCCACACUUGGACAAACAAAGCUGUAUUUUGCUCGACGUGACAUUUGCGUCGACGUCUUCAAACUUUUCAACAUACACUACCGUUCAAAAGUUUGGGGUCACUUAGAAAUGUCUUUAUUUUUCAAAGAAAGGCACUGUUUUUUCAAUAAAGAUAACAUUAAUCAAAAAUACACACUAUACAUUGUUAAUGUGGUAAAUGACUAUUCUAGGUGGAAACGUCUGGUUUCUAAUGAAAUAUCUCCAGAGGUGUAUAGAGGCCCAUUUCCAUCAACUAUCACUCCAGUGUUCUAAUGGUACAUUGUGUUUGCUAAUCGCCUUAGAAGACUAAUGUCUGAUUAGAAAACCCUUGUGCAAUUAUGUUAGCACAGCUGAAAACAGUUAUGCUGGUGAUAUAAGCUAUAUAACUGGCCUUCCUUUGAGCUUGAAGUUUGAAGAACAAAAUGAAUACUUCAAAUAUUAAUCAUUAUUUCUAACCUUGUCAAUGUCUUGACUAUAUUUUCUAUUCAAUUUUCAAUUCAUUUGAUAAAUAAAAGUGAGUUUUCAUGGAAGACACGAAAUUGUCUGGAUGACCCCAAACUUUUGAACGGUAGUGUAGAUAAUUUAAGUAUGACCCCAAGCCCUUUGCAUUACCCGACCAAGAAUCAAAAAGGCCAUUUAAAAAAUAGAUAUUGUACCGGUAAUUGUGUGGUAUGUUGAAUCCGAGGCUGCUAUUUAUUUUCUGCUUAUCGUUUUGUGUUUUGUGGAAAUUAGAAUAAUGACAUUUUAUCCAAAUGUUGUUAUUCCAGGUCUCCAUCCAUGUGUGGUAUUAUUGUACAAAUGCUCUCUAAUGAGCUCUUCCUCUGAUUUAGCUUUGUGUUGGAUCUUCCUUGAGGCUGAACAGUGACAUGUCAUGCUGCUUCCAUUUAAAAAUACUGAAUGGCCUUUUUUUUUAAAAAUGUGCCUCUCCUUAACUGGAGCAGUCUGCCGAUAGUCAUGUGGUGUCUAAAGGUCAUUAGAAACAGACAGAAACUGAUUAAAUAUUCAUCUCCUUUUGUGUGUGUAGAGUAUAGAUGUGAGAUGAUGUGGCCAGCAUCUUGAUAGUUUGGGAAUUACUUUUUCAUUUUGUCAAACCACUUGAUCUCUUUUUUCAAACAUCCCUAUUUUUUAUAAGUAUUUUACUCUCAUCGUUUAAAUCACUAAUCAAAACCCACCUGUUCAAAACUGCUUUUAAUGUGUGAUUGUGUGCUCUGAACGUUCUUAUUUGCUUUAAUCGUUUGUUCUUAUUGUAAUUUUUAAUGCAUAGCUUUUAGGAUUUUUAAAAUUAUGUGUUGUAAAGCGUCUUUGAGAAUUAUGAAAAGCGCUAUAGAAAUGUUUUGUAUUAUUAUUAUUAUUAUUAUUGGUGAGAUAAGCCUCCUCUGCUCCACAAUAGGUGACAAUAAAUCAUGAUAACAUUGGAUCAAAUGGUGUAUGUUACCAAGCAUAACUUCAAAGUAAUAACAAAUAAAUAAAUAAAAAGCUUCUUUUUUGAGCACUUAUUGAUGAGAUUAUUAAUAUUUCUCCUCAGAAUUUUUUUUUUUUUUUUUUGGACUAUGUAGUUUAAGUCACGUGGGAACAAAUCUACUCAAAUUAUCUUUGCAUGUUUGCUUAAUUUAAAAUUGUGAAAAAUAGAAAACUGGAUGAUGAAUUUGAGCUCUGUCAACAGUUUUGUCUAAAACCUCACACUGACCUACCUUGUGCUCGUUAUGUAUCGUGUUAUUCAACAUUGGGACCUCACUGCUUUCUGCUUCAGAUAAUAAUCAUCACAUCACUUUACUAUACCUCUCACAUUGUAAUUGAAAAAUUAAUUUUGACAUUUCAGUUGCUCUCAGUCUUGUUUCAUUUGUGCACACGAACUGUGUGUUUCGUGACGGUCUGUGCCCUCCUGCUUCUCUCUGUAUCCGUGGUGUCUGUGAUCGCAGCGUAGAGGUAGUUUGCCUCUGCACUGCAGUCGGCUCAGAAACAACCGUUAUUCUGCUGCUCGACAGAAACAAAGCAUUAUGAAGUGUGCUGCUAUUGUACAACAGCUAUAUAUUUGACCAAAUGAUUUAAGUAUUUUUGAAACAAAAGUAUAACAUAGAGAUUCUAAAUGUGACUGAUAUAAAAAGUGAUGACUUUGCCUAACGUCAACCUAACGUCAAUCCGAGUCGGCAACGAUAGUAGAAAGCUUAAUACUGUAUGUUUCUGGAUGAAUUUAAACUUUAAGUAAUGGCAGAUCUACCUGUUGUGUUUUUGGAGAGAAAUUGCAUUACCAGUUAUGUUUGAGGUAUUUGGGGUAUUGCUUAUAUGUACUGUAUUAAAGUGUGUGUAUAUGUGUGUGUGUGUAUGUGUGUACAUACGUGUGUAAAAGAGUGAGUACUGGAUGUGUGUGUGGGCCUGCAUAUAUACAGUAUGAGUGUAAAUAAUGUACAUAUCAAAGCUAAUAUCGGUGGACUUCUGGUUAUAAGCUCCUUGAUCGCCUCAUGUGUCUCCUGCUUUGUUCUAACAAUAAGUCCAUCUGCUGUAUCUCUGUUGUACAUCUCUGUGUGUCCUUGGCUUUAAGCCCUACUCACCUGCUACUCUCUCUGUGUGUGUGUGUGUGUGUGUGUGUGUGUGUGCACAAACUUGCAUGUGUGUAAGAACAUUUCUGUUCUUUUGUGGUCAACUUUGUGUUCUUUCUGUAAAUUCAUCUGGCAGAAAAUGAUGGCAAUAUUGAGAUUUCUGUUGAGGAAAAAUGUGAAUGUAUCACUCUUGUAAGUUCUGUUUAUCCAUGUUAUGGAGAUAAUGAAAUGUAUGUGGAAAUAGAGUUGUGUAUAUUAUUGUGAAGGGCCCGCCAGUCAGAAUGACUGAGCUGUAUGUUCAGAGGUACAUAAGUGUGAAACGAUGUGAAGAAUUAUUUGCCAAAUGAUGCCCUGUGAAUAAUAUUUAAAAAUGGAAAGGCAGGGAUUGCAGACUGUGCUGCUUUUGAACAUAUAUACAAUAAAAUCUAUGUUCUCUUGCAAAUUAUGCUUUGCUUUUAUUUCACAAUCCUUAUCUCAAACCUCAGAAUAAAAUCAAUUUCCAUAUU